AUGUCCCAGAUAAGUGAGCACUUGGAGAGUGUGGAGCCCCCUGGUGGACACCGAGACCAACUGCAGACUCUAGAGAACCCUGUACAUCCCUUGCCUGGCCAGCCUGGGAUCCCGUCCAACCUGAAAGUGAAACUGAGUACAUACCAGAUGGACCGGACCAACAAGGACGGCAACCUGAGACCCCUAAUCCUGACCCUGACUUACCUGCUGAACCACUUACUGUCCCCGACUCACCUGAUAUUCUCGUUCCAGACCAAAACUCACCUGAAUCUGCUGUUGAUCCUCUCGAUUCCCCGCUUGCAGCCCAACCUAAAAGAAGCACCAGAAUACGCCACCCACCCCAAAGAUUUCAGUACACCAAUUUGGGCCAUCCCGUCCUGA